CUUACAAUAGAAAUCAAGGUGACUUCUUUCUUUACAAAUCAAUGAUACAAAGUAUACAAAUCAUAUAAUAAAAGUGUACAAAGAAAUUUUAAAAAACGGUCGAACCACAUUACAAAAGAUUUGGCUAACUAUUAGUAAUUCAAUAGGUUUCUUUAUUUCUUAAUCAAUUCAUGAGACAUUGCAAGGGACUGAAUUAAAGUUUCUUUAUUUGUAUUUUUUUAUAAUCAAUUCCUGAGACAUGGCAAGAGAAUGAGUGACAGUUUAUUAAUUUUUCUUUUUUAUAUUCAAUCUAUGAGUAAUUAUAAGAGAGUGAGCAAACAUUUAUUCAUUCCUUGUUAUAAUCCAUGAAAUAUGAAAGAGAGCGAGCCACAUUUUUUUAUUGACUAAUCCAUGAGAAAUUCUGAAAUUGGAAGGGAAUGAACUAAAAUGUUUUUAUCAGUUCAAAGGUUGAGGGAUGAGAUGGAUUAUGUCCAUGGAAUGUAAGUCUGAAAAGUGUCGGUUGUGCAAUUGAAGUGCUGACUCUAUUUCAUUAUGCGUCGGUGUUGAUGAAUUUGUGAGGCAGCUCGACACUCAUGUCCUCGUAAAGAAAGAUCAAACCACCCCAUUAAUACUAAAACUUUAGAAAUCAAUGAGAUAAACGUAAUGUAUAAGACAACAUAAUUUUUUUGCAUUCACUAGAUAUUUACUAUGGUAGCAGGCCGAAAAAAGUGCAGGAAGUCCAGGAUUAAGUGGUUACUGUUGGUGGGGGGGCGGGGGGUGUGGGGGGUGAUAACACUACAUAUUUUCACCAAUAUGUAAAUAUAAGGAAAGCAAAGAAUCAAGUGAAAAAGUUGGUUCUAGACUCAGGGGAGGAUAUUUAUGAUUUAUAAGCGCAUUUCAUCCAUGAUUUAUGAGCGCAUUUCAUCCAUGAUUUAGAACACCCCAUCGCCUUCAUUUGGUCUAUAUGAAAGUGAUGUGGCAUUUCAUAAACCAAUUUCAUGGAUGUGGGAUGGUGUUUUCCAAAUGAAAUCCCCCACUAAAUGAAAAUAGGUGAGAGAGAGACAUGAGGGAUGAGCGGGUCCCAUUAGCUAAAAUAAGCAACAAGGAAAUGUGGGGAUGAGUAGGUAAGUGGUGAAAUUUAGUUGUAUUAAAAAUUAUGUGGGCCCUAAAUGAAAUAGAAAGUGUAUUUCAUUGAUAUUAGAUGAAAUGAAAUAGUUAAGUGGUGAAAUUGUAAAAGUGGUUGAGGUGGCAGUAGGGACCACAUAUGAAAUAGAAAUUGUAUUUCAUGGAUAUGGAUGGUCUUAGCCACCUGUCAAAAGUGACUUUUCCCGUAGUGAUAGUCAAGCUCGACUCUAUCGUCGGCAACAGGUGACUAUCAUCAAUCGUUCAAUCGACGCAUCUCUCUCUCUCUCUCUCUCUCUCUCUCUCUCUCUCUCAGUAGCGGUCACGACACCAAUCCUUAAAGGAGCUCCUGCCCCGAUAAUCUAGAUCUACAUAUGGUAAGCGGUUUUAAACUGCUGAUGUAGCCAUCUCUUCCUGAGUGCUUAUAGAUCGAGCUUGAAAAAUCUAGAUCUGAGCACAUAUCAGUGACGUUUUCUCCUCCUCCCACGGAUUUAGCAUCUCAUGCCGAGAGUCGCUGCCUCGAAAUCAUCGAUGUUUGUACUCCUCUUCACUUUCAUAUAUCGAGGUGGCAAAUCUCUUCAGACUUGGCAGUAUUAAUCAGUGUUGAGCUAGUCACUCCCCGCAAUAGGCUUCACUGGUUGGUAAAACAGAGGCUAUGAGUGCUAGAGACAUAAACAGAGGGUUUCUCAAUCAUUAGUGUUUUUAUUUCACUGUUAAUCAUGAUGUUGUCCUUGCAGAUUUGGGGUUUUGAUUUAGUGGACGUCGCUUGAACUGAAUUUGGAUUUCAUAUGAAGAAUUUCUGGUCUGUUAGUUUGGGGGCUGGAUGGGGCGAGGUUUUGCAAUAUUGAGGGCGAAGAAGCAGCAGCGGCAGCACAGAGGCCUCAAUUGAAUCUGUUCUAUUUGUGGUUGUUAAAUGAUUUGGUCAAGGAAAAAAAGGAGAAGAACAACGCUUGACGAGAUUGGGUUUUGGUUCGUUAGUGAUUGGUUGUAGCGGAGUCACAGCGCAGGGUAGAUCAGUAGAUGAUUUAGCUUCGUAAAUGUUGUAGACACAAUGUAUUCUUUAUGUAUUAUGGCAAUGUAUUCAUGUAUUUUAAGAAUAAAUGUAUUAAAAAUUAUUAAUAAAAUUUAAUCAUUAUUUUAUUUGUCUAAUCGUAGGUAAAAUUUAAAAUUAAUGAAAAUUAUGAAAUUUGAAAUAGAAGCAAAAGUGUUUGCUCACGAAGCAAAUAUGUGUUUCGGAAAGGUGUUCUAGAAACAAAUAUAAUUGUCUCCAUAACUAGAAAUGGGAACAAAAACUUUUUCUAAAACCAAAUAAGAAGAGAAUAUAUGCGUUCUUUAAAGUGGGAUAACAAUCAAUAAGAUUUUAUUCAGGUUUCUUAAUUAGAAGCAAAUAUUAUUUGUAUCUAUAUUUGCUUCUAAAUAGAAUUAGAGACAGAGACGUCCGAUGCAAAUAAUUUAUUUGUUUCAAAAGAUAUACAAAAUCAAAUAACUGACUUAUAGACUCAAAUAAUCUCGGACUCUAAAGCCAGAUUUUCUUGUAGUGUGAGCACCACCACAUUUCCCUUGUAUGCAAUAAAGCAAUAUGCUAUCACUAACUCAAUAUUUUAUUUUAUAACUCUCUUCUUGUUGCUGGCAGAUGGUCGUUGAUUGCGGCUCAAUUUCUAGGGAGAAUGGACAACGACGUGAAGAACCACUAGAACACCAAGCUGAAGAAGAAGCUGUCCAGGAUGGGGAUCGACCCAGUGACCCACAAGCCAUUCUCCCACCUUAUGGCCGAGAUCGUCACCACCUUGGCCCUGCGUCAGGCGGCCAACCUAGCGAAGGCAGUACUCGGGUGCUUCAAGGACAAGAUGCUCCACCUGCUGACCAAAAAAAUGAUUGAUUUUUAAGGUGGAGGAGCAGCUACCGCAGCAGGGAACAACCACCACCACCACCAGUUGUCUGCCGGAAUGCCAGCUUUCAUAGCUACAAAGCACGAGGAGUGUUAUGAGACAAUCCAUGUACCACAUCGGUAAUACAAAGGAAGGGACCCUUGUAUAUUAGUGUCCACCUAGCCCAUUAGUAAGAGGCAUUUUGGGGAGGAUACCCAAGAGUAAAUCCGUGCGGGGUUGGCCCAAAGCGGAAAAUAUCGUACUAAUUGAGUUGCCCGGUUAUGACAAGUGGUAUCAUAGCCUGGUCAGUGUGGGGGCGGUGGACGUCAGUUUGGUGGACCCUCAUUCGGUGACAUCGGGAUUUGCGAUCCGCGUCUGGGCUACAUCUGAUUUGGCAGAUCAAAGAGAAUUCUGCAUCUGGGAAAAAUCCUUGUACCGAGAGGCCCAUCGACACAAGGUGUCUGGCGGAUCAAGAUAAUCGCUGAGGUGAGGGAACGAAGUUCGUGGUCCUUAGCUUGAGUGGAGGAUUGUUAUGGGACAAUCCAAGUACCACAUCGGAAAUACAAGGGAAGGAACCCUUGCAUAUUAGUGUCCACCAAGCUCAUUAGUAUGAGGCCUUUUGGGGAGGAUACCCAAGAGUAAAACUGUGUGGGCUUGACCCAAAGCGGACAAUAUCGUACUAAUUAAGCGGCCUGAUUUCCUCAGUGGUAUUAGAGUCUGGUUCGGUGCGGGGCGGUGGACGUCAGUUUGGUGGACCCUCAUUCGGUGACCUCGGGAUUUGCGAUCCACGUCUCUUUGAUAGAUCAAAGAGAGUUUCGCGUCUAGGCUACAUCAAAUCAAAGAGAGUUCUGUAUCUGGGAAAAAAUCUUGAGCCGAGAGGCCCAUCGAUAAAAGGUGUAUUGCGGA